GAAACGUUGAUCUACCAGCGCUCCCCAAUAACUGUCGCGUCACUUCCUCACCCCAUGCCCAUCCCUUUGGAAAAAAAGAAAAUUCACACAGGCAAACGACGGCGAGAAAAAGAGCGAGGGAAAAGUCGGGAGGGAAGCAAAAGUCAAAAAGCCAGAUGAAAAAGUUGGAUACUGCGGAGCGAGCCAACCAAAGACCAGAAUAUUCUCUUUAAAUCAUGCCGCUGCAUAAAUCUAACCGGGCACCUCGCCUGGACCCUACCAUGAUCUCAGCCCCACUGGGCGACUUUCGCCACACCAUGCACAUUGGGAGGGGAGGCGAUGCCUUUGGGGACACCUCCUUCCUGUCCACUCUUGGGCCGAGCCCGGCCAGCCCUGACCCUGAGAGUCCAGGGAUGAUGCCAGCUGCUGAACCUCAGGUGGCAGUCAACCACAGUGAUCUUUAUUCAGAUGCUCCAGGAAGCCCACAGAACAAUGAGCUUCAGCACUCUGAGUCAGUGUCUUCAUUCGACCUGGACCUGGAUCUAGGCCCGUCUAUGCUGGGGGAUGUACUAGGGGUGAUGGACGGUUUGGGGCUUGACUCCAAUGAGGAGGAUGUGUUCAGUCCCAAAAGUGGCACAUCCUUGGUGGAAACAAAGCAGGGAAAAGGGGCCGUGGAGAUGACUGUGAACAAACAGAACGAGCUGAAUGGAAAGAACUUGGUUGGGUUGGAUGGAAACCAGGUGGGAGACAGCAGGAUAACAGAUGGGAAUGGGAUUAAGCCAAAGGGGUUAAGACCAAAAGUGCGAUUCAGCGAUAAACGAGAAGAGAUAAUUCGCCAAGCAUCUGAAGAGGAAGAGGGUCAAGGGUUCAACUUCCAGGACGAGGAUCAGCUGGGGUGUCAUAGUCCAACAAGGGGUAAGAUUGAGAGCGUAGUAGGUGGAGGUGAAACCGAGUUCACCAAUCACAAAGUAGAUUUGCCACCUAGUCCGGACUCGUCACAUAGCUCAGAGUAUGAAGGAGUCACCCUAUUGGACAGGAGGAGGGUCGACAGCUGCCACUCAGAGACUGAUUCAGAAGAAGAGGAGGAAGGACGAGGCUACACAUUUGAAGAUGAGUUUGAUGAUGAAAUUGGUCUAUAGGGGAUAGGUACAGUUUCCCCUUGAAAACAGAUCAUUGCUGUCAAGUAAAUCAAAUAUACUGUAUUUCUUAAACUCAUCAUCUCCAUAUCAUUUGAAUGGGAGGCUUAAACAGAAUGCAAACUGGAUUUUUUUUUUUUUAAAUGUACAGUUCGACGACGUUGCUCAACUGGAAAAGACAUUUUAUGUUUUAUCUGUAAGGGUAGCAGAUUUGUAAUAGACUGUCAUUUUCCUCAGAGAAAUCAGUAUGUCAUUGAGGUUCUUAACAGUGAAAGGUUUGUAGCACUUUGAUUUAUUUCAUUGACCUGGAAGCUUUGCUAUGAAACAGACUAAAUUAAUGAUGCUUGCGUUCAUUUUUACUAUUUCUUAUAUUUACCAUCUAAAGCGCACACAACAGGUGUUACAGAUUUAUGUUAUAGUGCCUUAAAGAGAGCUGUAUGCUUACACUAUUGUACCAUGUGCUAUAUCAAUUUCUUAAUUAUUUCUCAUAUUGCAUGUUUAUUACAAUCUCAUUAGAAUGUCUUCUCUUGAUGUUUAAUGCAUUUGACGAGCUUUACAAAUGAUUCUCAAGAGACUUUGUCAGAAAAUAAAGUCAUCCUGUGUAUAAUUAUUUACUGUGAAUUUGUCACAUUCCAAAUCUGACAGUGUUGAGUUUCUCUGGUUCAGAUGUUUAACACAUGUUUUCUUAAUGCAGUUAUUUAGCAUGUUUUCAACUUACCAAAGCUUUUCUUUGGGCUGUGGGGCUGGACUAAUACUGCAAUGCUAAGACAAUCGUGGGUUUCAAAAGGUCAACUGUAAAUCAGGACCAGCUGUUUUUUUUUUGCUUGUAUAAUGCUUGUAUUUUGACAAAAUAUUUCAGAAUGCUAUAAAAAGGGAGAGGCCAUUACGCUCAUGAAAAUGCUGGUUUAAACAUUUGUUAUUCUGUGGUUUGAUAAGGAUUACAGUGAAAAAAAAAAUAAAACAAUUGGGAUUUUGAAAUAUUCA